CCGCAGUCCCCUCCUUCCUAUGCCCUCUGACCGCCUGGCGUUCGCUUCGUUCGCCGUGGAGACCUUCCUUUAUGGCCUGUACCUCGCGGUCGCACUUCUUUCGCUGUUUCUCCUAUACCGGCGAUCGCAGGAAACCAGACACUUCGCUGGCGCAGGCGCGACGAACAUCCCGCUGCUCGUAGGCCCAUGGGCUCUGAUUGUAUGCAUAACCGCGCAUUGGACAUGCGGUUUUGUGCGCAUCUUCACCGCCUUCUUCACUCAGCGUGAAGAUCGGGAUCCGGGCGACUAUUUGGCAAGCGAACUGCCUUUGCACGCGGCGCAGAAGGUGUUCUUGCUGGCGACCAUAAUGCUAUGGGAUUUGACGAUGACCUACCGCCUGUACAUCAUCUUCCACCGUCAGCGUUCAGUCUUGGUUUUCCCAGCGGUGGUUAUUGUUGGUUUUGUCGUUAUUCAAGGUACUUCCCACCCUCGAGGCGGGCUUCAGAUCCUGAGAAGAUACCCAGCACGACCCAAUGACCCUGCCCACAGUAGGAGGGCACUGGGUCGUAAGCGACUACGCCUUGUCCUUGAGCAUGAAUAUCUACAGCACUGGUCAGACAAAACUCUUGAGGUCUUGACAGUUGAGCUCAUCCACUCGACAGCGAUGAUAACCUGGCGUAUAUUGAAACAAUCCAGAUUUUCCUUUCGGAGUGGAGGUCCAUCCGUGUCGGUCAGCCUCGCAAUAUUCAUCGAAAGCGCCGCGAUUGGCAUUUUACACGGCUUCUUCUUCGUAGCGACCUACCUCGCACAGCAUCCCGCGCAUAACUUCGCCGUCGACUCUGGCCCCCCGGUUUACGGACUUGCCCUGGCGCUGAUCAACUUGCGUGUCGCCCUCGGGAUCCCGUCACAAGCGAGUUCUCGGAGUGAUUUGGAUAACCUCUCUGGGCUGGCCAGCGGGGUUGUAUUUGCGCCGGGUUCGACGGAUAGACAUGUGCAUAGCGUUGCGCUUGCGUUGGGACGCGCAGGGGAAUCAGGUGACUUGGAGGAUUCGCGCGUCGAUGUACAUAUGGCGAGCAGUAUAACGAAAACCCAAUCAAGCAGCCACAGCCUCUUGUACCUUGCCACCUACCUCGCGCAGCACCCCGUUCAUGUCUUCACCGUCGACUCAAGCCCUGCGAUCCAUGGCUCGACCCUCGAGGUUAUCAACCUGCGCGUCGCCGUACCAGACUAG